CAGCGGCGGCCAAGAGGCGGCUCGGGAAUCUUCUGCGCCUUGGGAAUGUGGGAAACCCCUCGGGAUGCAACACCCGCGGUGUUCAGGGUCCCGAGGAGAUGCGGGCUCCGCCGAGGCGCUGGGCGGUGGGUUUAGGGGGCAGGUUUAGGAGUGUUUCUGAGGGGGUCUGUGCCCGGGGGUCUCUCCUGGCAGACAGCAGCGAUGCCGACGUGGAGCUCCCCACCAUCCGGCACCAGCCCGAGGGGCUGGAGCAGCUGCUGGCUCGGACCAAGUUCACCAAGACGGAGCUUCAAUCCCUCUACCGUGGCUUCAAGAAUGAAUGUCCCAGCGGCCUCGUGGAUGAGGAAACCUUCACGCUCAUCUACUCGCGGUUCUUCCCUCAAGGCGAUGCCAGCUCCUACGCCCACUUCUUGUUCGACGCCUUCGACGCCGACCGCAACGGGGCUCUCUGCUUCCAGGAUUUCGCGGUGGGACUCUCGGUGCUGCUGCGGGGGACGGAGCAGCAGAAGCUGAAGUGGACGUUUGACCUCUACGACGUGAAUAAGGACGGCUACGUCACCAAGGAGGACAUGCUGGAGAUCAUGAAAUCCAUCUAUGCCAUGAUGGGCCGCUGCACCGAGCCCGCCCUGGGGGCCAGCGCGCCGGCCCAGCACGUGGAGCUGUUCUUCCAGAAGAUGGACAGGAACAGGGACGGCGUGGUGACUUUCGAGGAGUUCCUGGCCACGUGCCAGGAGACAAACAAGAAGCUCAAAGGCAGAAUAAAUCAAGCAUGUGGCUCCCAGAGGUGGGACAGGACAAGGACGACGUUGCCACCAGAGCCCCCGGGGGAUGGCUCUGCCACCUGCCAGACAGACCCAUUUUGGGAGGCUGUGCCUCCCCUUGACACGGACCCCCCGCCCUUGGCAGUGCAGGGACCUGACACAGCACAAGCCCAACCCCAGGGCCCCCAGGGUGGGACCUGAGGACCCUCAGAGAUGGGACCCCUCAGGAUGUGGGGGCCCUCUGGGUGGGAGUCUUCGUAUUGCCGCCAUGAAAUGGAACCCCCAAACACCAACUAAAAGCACAGCCCCUCCUCCCCCCAACACUCAGGGGUGCCCUCCCCAUGAAGCCACAGACUCCCCCUCCCCCAGCAGCGUGGAGAGAGGGGGAUUUUAUAAAUAAACCAAAUAUUGACGAAUUAGGGGUGAAAUGGAGUCAUGAGGGAUGUGAGAGAUGCGCAGUGUCCCGGUCCCUGUCCGGCUGUCUGUCCCUGUCCGUGUCCCAGUCCCCUCUCCCGCUCCCAGUCUUAUUCUCCGUCCGUCUUCCAGUCCCUGUCCUUGUCCGGCUAGCAGUAGAACUCCCGUGCCUCUCCCGUUCCCGGUCCCGUUCCC